UUUGUGUUGUCUAUCAAAAUUUUAUUAAUUAAGAAUAAUGUCGCAGACUAAAUUGAUUAAUUUUUUAACAAGAACCAUGGUAAAUAAUUUAAAAAGUUGUCGUUAUAUCACAGAUACUGUAGUUAAACCGUUACAAAACGUGAAAGCUGAGUUAAGUAUAACCGAUAGAUGUGCAUCAAGAAUCAAGAAAAUCGCGGAUAAAGGUGCAUAUCUACGUAUAGCUGUAGAAGGAGGUGGCUGUUCUGGUUUUCAAUACAAAUUCGACUUGGACACCAAAAUAAAUGAAGAUGACAAGACAUUUGAAAAAGAUGGUGCAAAAGUAAUAAUUGAUAGUGUGUCUCUGGAUUUUGUCAAAGGGGCCACUGUAGAUUAUCAAGAAGAACUUAUUCGGUCUUCUUUUAAAAUUGUCAAUAAUCCAUUAGCUGAGCAGGGAUGUUCUUGUGGUGCAUCAUUUGCAGUAAGAUUGGACUGAUCAUUCAUAGUCAUGAAGGGCGUAAAAUUAUAUACGAUCUUGUAACAAAAUGGUUGAACAGCAGAGGCAGCGAGUUGAACAGGAAAUGAGCAAUUUAGUAAAU